GCCUUCUCCCCUCCUCCUCCUCUCAUCAUCCCCCCCUGCACGCUCCGUUUCCUUUUGUCCUUCUCCUCUUCUUGUUCGUCCCCUGAUGCCUGGCUGACUGGCGUCGGAGGGAUUGCUUCUUCCGGCUGCCCUAGUUCAACACGAAUCCGUCGGCUCCCAACUCCUUCGCCCCGCCGAUCUCCCGUCCCGCCCGAAUCCGGCGCCGGAUUUCGCCGCGAUUCGGCCCGGCCUCGUCGCGUUUCGUGCUCCCCGCAGCGACCGAUUCGUCCCCCCCCCCCCCUUUCGCCCGCCUCCGGGGGCCGUCUUCACGUGCUCCCGGGAAUUCUGCGCCCGACUCGUCGGAUCUCAAUCGCUCCCCCGAGCCGCCCCUCUUGCUACGCUACGCCAUCAAUCAAUUUGCCCUUUUUAUAUUCAUCCAUUCAUUCAUCUUUUCCCCCAAAAUCUGACGCCUUCGAUUGCGCUUCUCCGAAUUCUUUCUCGUUCUCCAAUCUCCAUUCGGUGAGGGAGGGAGAAAAAAAAGGAAGGAAAAUCGCGCGCGCUGCUUCCCGGAUUUUUGUCGAUUUUUUUUUCGGGCCCAACCGAGCUAGAAAGAUUCGCCAAGUACAUCUGAUCUUGUAGCAUAGUACCCUGUCCUUCCAUGCCCCAACAGUGAAACUGUCUCCGCCCCUUUGCUUUGCCGAGACCAGCAGUAAUGGCCGAUUCUUGAUUGCCCAAGGCACGACCACUCGAAUUUUAAAAAUGCAAUCUUAACUCUGCAGAAGCUGACAAGUCCUCCAAGAAUUCAGGCGCAUCACGCCAGCAACAAGACGACGAAGCGGCGGAGGUAAAGGGAGAGGGGAGGAGCGAGCGCAUCGGUUUCCGUCAUGGAGGGCGGCGAGACGACGCUGUCGGGGUUCGGCGGCGGCGGCGGCGGCGGCGCGGGGCCCGGCGGGGACACCAAGGUGCUGCACGCGUUCCAGACGAGCUUCGUGCAGGUGCAGAGCCUGCUGGACCAGAACCGCGUCCUCAUCAACGAGAUCAACCAGAACCACGAGUCCAAGGUGCCCGGCGACCUCUCCCGCAACGUCGGCCUCAUCCGGGAGCUCAACAACAACAUCCGCCGCGUCGUCGACCUCUACGCCGACCUCUCCUCGCUCUUCGCCGCCUCCGACGCCGCCGCCGCCGCCGGCGGCGGCCGCGCGGCGUCCGAGGGCGGAUCCGUCGGCACCGUCCGGCAGGCCGGCGCCGGCCACAAGCGGAUCAGGUCCGGCCUCGACUGACGACUUCAUCAUCACUCUUAGCUAGCCAGCCAGGGACCGACCUCCUUCCUCUCCCCUUCUUUGACCUUAGCUGUUCUUGUAUCUAUCGACAUAUUUAUCUACCUUAUUUACUAUCCAUUACGACUGCUACUGUUACAUAUGAGCAAGAGCAAAUCCACCCAACUCAUGAUAUUCUUGUAGCUGAAGUUGAUUAUCUUGUUGCCAUGAGCUACUUCAAGGAUGAGAUGAUGUAUUUUUGAUGCAAUUUAUGGACGAUGCAACAGCAACACACAGAGUUGUUCUCAA